AAGAGACUGAACAACCACUUCCUGUAGCUCAUACAAGAUGGCGGUGCGUGAGGUUUCCAUCCAUGACUCCUUCCGGCUCCUGAAGACUCAACUUCCGGAGCUGCUGGAGCAGAUGGAGCUCUGGGUGCCUCAGACCUGGCCUUGGUCUCCGGAACUGCCAUUGGACCCUGCCGUGGCGGCGGCGCCCUGCUCGGUGAUGCCUGAUCACUUGCUGUCCACCGAAGCCCUUGCAGCAGCAGGGCUACUGGCACGAAAUCUAGACAGAGGUCAGGUACAAGACUGGCUCAACAAGCAUGCCAACAAGGAAUGCAUCAUCGACAAAGUGACGGGCGUGCCCACGCACUUUGUGGUGAUCCAGGAUGGUUCCUGCCCGCUGCCUGUGGACACUGCUGAUGUCCUGCAGAUCUCCGCUGUCCGAGAGGGUGAAAAGGUGACUUUCAAAGAAAAGUCGGUGGUGGUCCCCAUUGAAACCGAGGAUGUUGCAGGAG